AUGGCAUACACUGUUGAAGUUGGCAAGGCUGCCAACGAGCACGAAACAGCUCCAAGAAGAAAUGCAAAGGCUAAGAAUGCUGCCGUAACUCGUCCCACGCAGUCUAAGGCCACCACCGUGUACGACUUCAUCCAAGAGUGUGUUCAGCGUGGUGGAAACCACAAGGCCAUGGGAUGGCGUGAAAUUGUCGAGGUUCAUGAAGAAAAGAAGCAAAUCACCAAAAAGAUUGAUGGCAAGGAACAGAAAAUCGACAAGACGUGGCUUUACUUUGAGUUGGGUUCUUACAAAUACAACACCUACAAAGAGUUGGGCCAGAUUUUAGAAGAAUUUGGUCGUGGUCUUGUCGAUAUUGGUUUGAAACCGGGAAACACGGACAGACUUCAUAUUUUCGCUGCCACGUCGCACAAAUGGAUGAAAGCGUUUCUAGGUGCACAGUCACAGGCAAUUCCGGUGGUUACAGCUUACGACACUCUGGGUGAGAAGGGUCUAAUCCACUCCAUGGUGCAAACUGGUACCAAAGCGGUUUUCACAGACAAUGCACUUUUGCAUCGCUUAAUCAAUCCUGUUCAAGAGGCCAAGGAGUUGAAGUACAUCAUUCACGGCGACAUUUUGGAUUCUUCAGACAAGCGCAACAAUGGUAAGUUUUACCAGGAAGCCCACUCAGCUUUGGAAAAGAUACGCGAGCUACGCCCUGACUUGAAGAUUUAUUCCAUGGACGAAAUCGUAGAGAAAGGUCAAAAGGCUGGUUCUACCAUUGAGAGUAAUGCUCCAAAGCCUGAUGAUUUGUCGUGUAUUAUGUACACUUCGGGAUCUACAGGUGACCCUAAGGGUGUUGUUCUCAAACACUCCAAUAUCAUAGCUGGUCUGGGUGGUGUUUCGGUGAUUGUGGAUAGAGGAUACAUCAAUGAUAGUGAUCGUGUCAUUGCUUUCUUGCCGCUUGCUCACAUUUUCGAGUUGGCGUUCGAGCUCAUUACUUUCUACUGGGGUGCGACACUCGGUUACGCAAACGUCAAGACUUUGUCUGAUACCUCUGUUCGUAAGUGCCAGGGUGACAUUAAAGAAUUUAAGCCCACUGUAAUGGUCGGUGUUGGUGCGGUGUGGGAAUCCAUCCGUAAAGGUAUUAUGGGCCAAGUCGAUCAUUUGCCCUCAUUGACACAAAAAGUUUUCUGGGGUGCCUAUUAUAUGAAGCUGAAGAUGAAGAGGUUUCACAUUCCUGGUGGAGACACUCUGGGUAACAUCAUUUUCAAAAAAAUCCGUCAGGCCACUGGUGGUUGCUUGAAGAUUGUAUUGAAUGGCGGUGGGCCUAUCAGCAGAGACACGCAAGAGUUUAUCACUACCUUGUUAUGUCCUAUGUUGAUCGGCUACGGUCUGACGGAAACAAUGGCCAACACAUGUAUCGUGUCUCCUGACCACUUUGAAUAUCAAGUUCAAGGUGAAUUGACUGGUGCCGUAACAGUCAAGCUUGUUGACGUUGAAGAACUUGGCUACUUGGCCAAGAACAACCAAGGUGAAGUCUGGAUUCAGGGUGCCAGCGUCAUGCCCGAGUAUUAUAAAAAUGAUGAAGAAACUAAGGGAGCCUUCGAGGAUGGCUGGUUUAAGACUGGUGACAUUGCCGAAUGGACUCCCAAGGGCCAACUAAGAAUUGUGGACCGUAAAAAGAAUCUAGUGAAGACGUUGAACGGUGAAUACAUCGCACUAGAGAAAUUGGAAAGUGUUUACAGAUCUAACCCUCUCGUCCAAAACAUCUGUGUCUACGCCGAUGACUCUAAAGUCAAGCCAGUUGCUAUUGUUGUACCCAACGAAGCGCCACUUGGUAAAUUGGCCGUUGAAAAGGGAAUUGUCAAGGAUGCUGGUGAUGUCGACCAAGUCUUGCACGACAAAAAGUUGAGAAAAGCUGUUUUGGACGAGCUUCUCAAGACCGGUAAGUCGCAAGGUCUUUCGGGUAUUGAGUUCCUACUGGGUGUCGCCAUGUUCGACGAGGAAUGGACGCCUCAGAAUGGCUUUGUGACGUCCGCUCAGAAACUGCAAAGAAAGAAAAUCUUGAAGGCUGUUCAAGGCCAAGUCGACGAAAUCUAUUCUAACCAGUAG